GAGUCAGAGUAAGGGCAAAGUGCACAUGGCCUCAUUGUCCUUGGGUGUGUUUGUUGAGGAAAACAUCAAAGUUUGAAAGUUGGCAGAUUACUUCAUUUACGGAGGAACACACUUGUCCAAAAAGGAAAGAUAGUGCACUAGUUACAAGUAGACGGAUUGCAGAAAAGUUUGAGAGUUUGAUAAUGUCAAGUCCAGAAUGGUCAAUCCAGCAAUUAAAGUCAACCGUGCAGGAAAAAAUGUUUGCAAAUGUGUCAAUAUCCAAAAUCAAGAGAGCAAAAGCACUUGUCAUUGGAAAAAUGCUUGCGGCUAAAGAGGGAGAGUACAGCCAAGUGUUUGAUUACCAACUUGAGUUACUUAGAAGCAACCCUGGGACUACUUGUGUGGUCAAGCUUCACCCAGAUUUUGAAGAACCAACAUUCCACCACUUUUAUGUGUGCUUUGAUGCUUGUAAGAAGGGCUUCUUAGCAAAAAGGAAUAUUGAAUGCUGUUCACCACUGGGCUCCAAUGGCAGAGCAUAGGAAUUGUGCUAGGCACAUAUAUGCUAACUGGAGGAAAAAAUAUAGGGAAAAGGACUGGCAAAAGCUAUUCUGGGCUUGUGCAAAAGCACCUUGCACAAUGUUGUUCAAUCUUGCAAGGGCCAAGUUAGCACAAUGCACACCUGAUGGAGCAAGGGAUGUUACGAACACAGACCCACAACACUGGAGCAGGGCUUGGUUCAGGUUAGGAAGUUGUUGUGAUUCUGUGGACAACAACAUUUCUGAAACUUUUAACAAAUGGAUAGUUGAGGCUAGAUUAUAUCCUGUGAUAACAAUGUUCGAAACAAUUAGGCAACAAAUUAUGAUCAGGAUACAAGAAAUGAGAAGUGAAAUGGAAAGUUGGACUGGCAUCAUCUGUCCAAAAGUACUGAAGAAGCUACAGAAAAGCAUAGAUUAUUCUGCUUAUUGUCAUGCAUUUUUUAAUGGCAAUGAUGCAUAUGAAGUGAAGACAAGAGUACAUAGGUACACUGUCAGAUUGCAUGACAGGACAUGUAGUUGUAGGCAUUGGCAGUUGUCAGGCCUUCCUUGCUCUCAUGCCAUCAGCUGCAUACACUGCACUACAAACAAAUUGGAUGAUUACAUUGCUGAUUGCUACAGAGUGGAUAAUUUCAAAAAAACUUAUGCUUAUUGUCUUCAACCUCUUGAGGGAAGAGCUGCAUGGCCUGUGUCUCAGAGACCAAAACCAAAAGCACAUGGGCACAUCAAUAUGCCUGGUAGGAAAAAGAAGUGUAGAACAAGAGAAGAGGAAGAAAAACCAAAGACUAGCAAAGUUAGCAAGGUUGGCACAGUGAUCAAGUGUAGCUUGUGCAAGCAAAGUGGACACAACAAAACAACUUGCAAACAAAGAAAUGGAGUGCCUAGUGCUAGUGCUCCAUCUGCUUCUGCUCCUAGUGGUACUGCUCCACUUUCUGCUACGCCUAGUGCUCCUAGGGGAAGUGCUCGUCCACCAAGUGAAGCACCUGUUCUGAGUUCACAACAAAGCACUUCACACAAAAGAAGGGCCACCAUGGAGAUGGCACCACCAAGACAAGCAAAGAGAAGGGCGCCAACUAAUAACAACAGUAGGUCAAAUAAUUUCUCUGGAAAUACCUUCAAUGUACAUGGAAGCUCGAAUGUGAAUGUCAAUGUUUGCACUGGUACUUCUCGCGCGACAACUAGCAGCAAAGUUACCAAAGAGAGGAGCAGUAGCAAUGGCAGUAACAAAGGCAAGGGGACUGGCAAGGCCAAAUAUGCUCGGUUUCGAAGCUUGCUGGGAUUUGAAAAUUGAGAGUUAUUUGUGUGCUUGUGAGGUUUGGGUGUCGAUCAGACCUAUCUAUGUGAGACAUAUGUGUCAGACCUAUUUGUGAGACCUUUGUGUGUAUCAGACCUAUC